GGGUGUAGGACAGCACUUACUAAACUCUUCCCAGAUUCUGAAAUGGAGGAUUUAAUGACAAGUGAGUUUGCUGAUUUUGUAGCCUCCAAUGGUCAAAGUGUUUCCGCUCUCCGUGACAAGUAUAAAAAGGAUUCUCAUGCUUGGUGGUACCUCAAUGGCCAUACAUCACCAAACCUUCAAACUCUUGCAAUCAAAGUUUUAUCGCAAGUUGCUAGUUCCUCUUCAUCUGAGCGAAAUUGGAGCACAUACUCCUUUAUCCACUCAGUGAAACGCAACCGACUGGCAGCAAGUAAGGCAGAAGAGCUCGUUUAUGUGCAUUCAAACUUGCGCCUUCUUACUCAUAAACAAAAUGAGUAUAAGGAUGGGAGCACAAAGUUUUGGGAUGUAGAUCCAGAGCGAACUGAUUUGGAUUUUUCAGCUGCCACACAAUCUUUACUUUCUGGGGAGUCUGAUAGCCAAUGUGCUGCUAGUGCAAGUGGCAGUGAGGCUGCAUGUGGUUCCAGUACUCUACCUACAUCAUCUAAUGUCAAUGAUGAUGUUGAUCUUGAUCUUCCUAGUGACCCAUAUGAUGCUAUUGCUGAUUAUUAGUUGUGUCAUUUUAUUGUUGAACGGUUGAGCCAGUGAACAAUGAAUUCGAUAUCUAUCAUAACAUUCAAAGUUUGUAAUUUUGUUAUAGACUUAUAGUUAUAUCAAUAUGAAUCAUAUAUGAUAGUUCCAAGUUUUGUUUAGCAUAUGGAUGAUAUGUGGGAUUCUAAAUUUAAUUUUUGUUUCUACUUAUUAGAGUGUAUAUAUGUAUAUAUUUAUGAUUUUUACAUUUUUUUGUACGGACGUACCCAUACGUACCCAGGCCCCCCCUAAAAAAAAUGCCGUACCAGCGUACCGUACCCACGUACCCGUACCCGUACCCGUACCCGU